CCUCGAUCGUGGACCAUACUGGACACUGGUACUGAUCCACGUAAAACAUGGGUGGGAGUUACAGUGUGGGGACAAAAGAAGACACGGGCCUUGAUUUCGAUUCAGUUUUAACUGAAGAAGACCGAAAUGACAUAGAAAAACAAAUCGAACAGCGGACAUCGACAAAAUGUGAAGAGUGUAAAGAGACACGUUUUUGCUUCCUUAAGGAUGAGGAUUUUCCGUUUGAGAACCUAGUGUUUGAGGGCGGAGGUAGCAAAGGUGCUGCUCAUAUUGGGGGCCUUCAGGUUCUGGAAGGACUUGGUAUUCUGAAGAACAUUAAGCGGUUCGCUGGCACCAGUUUUGGGGCUAUCAUUGCGACCACUCUGGCAGUCGGGUUUACACAGUGGAGGAAAUGGAACACUUACUACCUUAGUUUUAUCCCGAACCUUAUACGGCGAUAUGGUUUACAUCCGGGUAACAAACUAUACGACUACUUCGGUUACAUACUGGAGAAGAAGACCGGGAAUCCUGACGUCACAUUCGAACAGGUCUAUAAGAAAUACGACAAGGAACUGUGUAUUGUCAUCAUCAACGUAAAUAACAUGCAGGAAGAGUAUUGUCACCCAAAAACAACUCCGAAAAUGAGUGUCCGCCGGGCUCUGCGCAUGUCUGUUUCCUACCCAGGUGCCUUCCAACCUAUCACGAAAACUUUACCGAGUGGUGAAACAGACUUCUACGUAGACGGUGCGCUGUUCUGUAACUACCCACUCCACUGUUUUGAUGGAUGGUGGCUAUCAAUGAAACCACAAGAUUCAUUUUUGAAGAGGAUUCAAAGUAUCCAGGAUCUACCUAAACUACUAAGCAAGGGAAACCGAUUUGGCGAAAGAAACCUGACAACUUUGGGUUUCUGUCUGACGUCUGAUGAGGGGCCCGAUUUGUAUAAAUACUACCUUGAAGACAGGACGGAGGACGAGUUUGGGAUCACAAACACACCAGUACCCGACUCCAAACUCGCUAGGAAGGACUUGAGAAAGGCAAUCAGGAGAGAAAAAAUACAAGAAUGCAUCAUUAAAGCCGUGGACGAGUUUAUAAAUGUUUUGAGGAAACAUGACGUCAAUGGGGACGGUAAGAUUGACAUGCCUGAAAUGGAAAACGUAUUUGCUGACUCCGGGUUUUCCAACAAGAGUAAGCGGAUUAUUUUUGGACAUGGAAGGGAAUGUGACGCUAAGGAAGCUUUCAAUCUGCUAGACUCUAAUAGCGAUGGCCAGGUGACUUUCAACGAGCUUGUGAACUUUGUUGAGCAGCGAGAAGGUAUAGAUCUACAGCAGUUAUAUACUGGUUACAAAAGACAGGAAAUAGACAGUAUGACAUCCUUCUUCUCCACCUGUCUUAAUGCCGUCUUCCUUAACGCCAACAGAAUAUUCAUGGAGGGUGAUGAUCUUGAUCGGACCAUUGGAAUCUACACUGGAUACGUCGGAUCUAAUGAUUAUGACCUGGAAGAAAAAGAUAUCGACUUCCUACUCAGGCAAGGACGCCAGAGUACCUUGGCCUACUUGAAGCACUUUGUCGAGAAGCGGGAACGUAUAAUCAACAGUGGAAGCGUCUUUGAAACCGUUCCUCUGACUCCCCUUACCCCUAAACCCGUAUCAUACCCUUAAACCAGUCUCGUACCCUUAAACAUGUCUCUAACGCCUUAAUUCUUAUCAUUCUCCUACACGGUCACCUACAUCCGUAUCAUACCCUUUGACCAGUCUCGUACACUUAUACAUGUCUCUAGCACGUAAAUAUGUCCAAUACGUAUGUGUCUCUAACGCCUAAAUACUUAUCAUUCACCUACUGUUCACCAGUCACUUAAACCGGUAUUAUAUUCAUAGACCAGUCUUCAAACCUGUAUCAUACUCCUAGACCAGUCACCUAAACCUGUAUCACACUCCUAGACCAGUCACCUAAACCUGUAUCAUACUCCUAGACCAGUCACCUAAACCUAUAUCAUACUCCUAAACCAGUCACCUAAACCUGUAUCAUACUCCUAGACCAGUCACCUAAACCUGUAUCAUACUCCUAGACCAGUCACCUAAACCUGUAUCAUACUCCUAAACCAGUCACCCCAAACCGUUCUGAAAUAUAUUAACAAUCAUGGGUCAUUUGCUAGUUAUUGUUCGGUAAUAGUUAGCCCUGAUCAGACCAGAGGAUUGGUAGUUAUCGUUAGGUAACGGUUAGCCUUAAUCAGACCAGAGGAUUGGUUGUUAUCGUUAGGUAAUAGUUAGCCCUAAUUAGACCAGAGGAUUGGUAGUUAUCGUUAGGUAAUAGUUAGCCCUGAUCAGACCAGAGGAUUGGUAGUUAUCGUUAGGUAACGGUUAGCCUUGAUCAGACCAGAGGAUUGGUAGUUAUCGUCAGGUAAAGGUUAGCCCUGAUGAGACCAGAGGAUUGGUAGUUAUCGUUAGGUAACGGUUAGCCCUGAUCAGACCAGAGGAUUGGUAGUUAUCGUUAGGUAACGGUUAGCCCUGAUCAGACCAGAGGAUUAGUAGUUAUCGUUAGGUAACGGUUAGCCCUGAUCAGACCAGAGGAUUGGUAGUUAUCGUUAGGUAUUAGUUAGCCCUGAUCAGACCAGAUAAUUGGUAGUUAUUUCUAAUUAAUAUUGACUGCGACUUUGAACAGAUAUUUACACUAUGGUUUUAUGUGAUACAAUUGUUUGGAAUACAGCAUAAUUCUACUUGAUUAUUGUGUACAAGUGUCAUUAAAUAUAU